AUGGCUGUUCGACUGACCACGAAGACCUAUGCAAAUGGAGGAGGCACAGUCACUUCGGACUGCGACGGUUCGUCGUCCCUCGAUUCGCUCACUUACUGCGGUUCGUCGUCUAUAGACGAAUGUGACAUGAAAGGUCUUCACGAGUACGAGUCAAACCUCGAAAAGUACAAAGGUGCGAGUUUUGUUCGUGUCUGUUUUUUCACUAAAGACUGA